GAUGGGCUCAAUGUGAAUGAGGCCGGUUCUUUGGUUAACCGAGCCCAGGAACCGAACCGAGCCGAGUAUUUCGGUUCCUGAUUCUCAGGAACCAAAGAAGAACCGAAAUUCUCGGUUUCGGUUCGGUUCGGCUCCGGUUCUCGGUUUUUUCAGUUCGGUCCUCGGUUCUCGGUUUUUUUGUACCCAGGGCGAAUCAGGGGUUGCUGACAUCCCGAUUGCGUUGAUGUGGCGGUCAUCAUGAUGAGGAGGAGGAUGCAUCAUCGAUGGCCCUGCCGGUGGCCGGCGCACUAACACUCACACUCACUAAUAAAGCAAGGAUAGAAGGUCAAAAGGCUACUCCUCCUUAAAACAUGAGAGAGUGAGUGAGAGAGUAGCUAGCUGGUCAAAACCAUGAGCAAGGAAACAUACCUUUCAAGACAUUGCCAAUUUGACAAGAAUGAGAGAUGGAUCGGAUCUCCUCUCGUUAUCUUGUGAUCGAUAAUAUAUAGUUAAACUAAUUGCCCCUGAUUAGCGCUUGUAAGUACUAGUAGAUAGCUUGGAGCAUCUCCAUCCAUCCAUGUGUCAUCUGUCAGUGUGGUGUGGUCUCCUCUGGCUGGCCUUGCCCUUGCUGCCUUGCAUUGGGCCUUGGCCUUUUCCUUUUGGAGCGGACGGAGGUGCGCGCAUGGCGAUAGAUAGAUCAUCCAGACUGACUGGCAGUGGUACGGAUGCCCAUGGCUCUCGAGUCAUGGCUCUCCAAGGUACGGUCGGCCAUGUCCGGGGCGGGGGCGCCGUCGGGCCCCAGGAAGACCAGCGUCGGCAUCCUUGCCUUCGAGGUCGCCAGCCUCAUGUCCAAGCUCCUCCACAUGUGGCGCGCCAUCGGGGACGCCGCCGUCGCGCGCCUCUGCCACAAGACCAUCAACCUCGACGGCGUCCGCAAGGUCGUCUCCGACGACAACGACUUCCUCCUCGGGCUCGCCUGCGCCGAGCUCGUCGACGCGCUCAGGGCCGCCUCCGACUCCGUCGCCGCGCUCGCCUCGCGCUGCGCGGACCCCUCCCUCCGUGACUUCAGGGACGCCUUCAUGGAGUUGGCGGACACCGGGCGCGACCGCCACCGGUGGGCGGUGUCCAGCUGGAAGGAGAUGGACACGAGGGCGCACAAGAUGGAGAAGCAGGUGGCCAGCACCAUCGCGCUCCGCAGGGCCAUGGAGGAGCUAGCAGAGGCCGAGCACGGCCUCCGGAAGCUCCUCCAGUGCGGCAACGGAGGCUGCCACCGGCGCAGCCUGUCGGCGAGCAAGAUCUCUGUCGCGGCGGAGCAGCAGCAGCUGAUUUUCUCCAAGAAGCAGGAGGUGAAGCACCUCAAGCAGACGUCGCUGUGGGGCUGCACCAUGGACGCCGCCGUCGCGUCGCUGGCGAGGGCGGCAUUCAGCACCCUCGCCAGAAUCAAGGUCGUCUUCGGCGCCGGGCAAGAAGAGCGCCAUCCGCCGCUCUACCGCAGCCUCACGACUACAACUUCCUCCUCGUCGAUGGUCCACCCGUCAUCCUUGGAGUUGGACGCGCCGCCGCUGUCGCGCAAGUCCAUGUCGAUGGACGGCCAAUCCCUGUCUUGGAAGCGUGGCGGAUUACUCCUGGAUGAAUGCUCGGCUGCGCUGACGCCGCCGCCGGGGACGCUGGGCGCGGCCGCGCUGGCGCCGCGGUACGCCGGGGUGGUGAUCUCGAUCGAGCGGAUGGCAAGGUCACCGCGGCAGGUUGGUCCCGAGGAGCGGGACGAGCUGUACGGCAUGCUGACGGCGAGCGUGCGCGCGCAGCUCCGGGCGCGGCUUCGCGGUCGCGCCGCGGUGGCGGCGGCCGACCCUGGGCUGGCCGGGCAGUGGCGUGCGGCGCUGGCGGGGAUCCUGGAGUGGCUGGCGCCGAUGGCGCACGCGACGAUGCGAUGGCAGGCGGAGCGCAGCUUGGAGCGGAGGAAGACGGCGGCGCCUGCUGGGGGCAACACGAACGUGCUGCUGCUGCAGACGCUGCACAUGGCGGACCGCGGCAAGGUGGAGGCAGCGGUGGUGGAGCUGCUCGUCGGGCUCAACUACGUGUGGCGGUUCGACAACCGGCAGCUAGCUAGCUGAUCGCCGCUGGGCAAUUAAUGGAACACUAGUAGCUAGUGAUCGAGUAGAAGAGCGUCCGGCGAGGAGCGAGGUUGAUCAUCAGUUGAUGGAUGGAUGGAGGGGCAGCAGAUUUAUUCUUUUUAUUUAUUUGCUGAUUGUUUGGAUUUUCUUCUUGUUGUUGCUUCUUUCUGGCUACUUUUUGUAUGAAAAAUAUAACAAGCACUAGUCAGCCUAUGUGUAGCAUGGAUUCUUGUAGAAAUUAAUUAAUUAAACUGCUUGGGGCAUG